AUGAUAAGUAUUCAAACCGUGCAUAGUACAAAUAAGAUAAAUUUUUUAAUAAAAGGAAAAUUUAUUAAGAAUAAUGAACAAGAAUUACUACUAGCAGCAAAGGAUUGCUAUCUAGAGUUGCUGACAAGCAAUUAUGAAGAAAGCAUAUAUUUACAGAACACCUUUUUAAAAAUAAUAUUUUUACAAGCUGUCAAAAGUAAACACUUUGAUCGUUUUAUUGUGGUUGAUGAAAAAUUAAAUGUUCGUAUUUUAGAAUAUGAUAAUGGUUUUAUAGAAUAUUCUUUUAUUGAUAAUUUAUAUGUAGACAAUUUAAAGUUAUAUAAGAAAUAUUUGGAAAGCAAGAAGACAGAAAGUACUUGUUUUGUUAUAGAAGAGGAUUAUCACAAAUAUAUUAACAUAUGUAAUAUUAAUGAUAUCUUUUUUAUAUCUAUUGAAAAUAUUUUAUUUAUUAGACAAAUACAUUCACAUAUAUAUUAUAAUAAUUGUUUAAGUGAUGUAUAUGAUAAGAAUGAUAUAUCCAAAUUUGAAGUAUUAAAAAAUUAUAAUGAAAAAGAUAGAAUUAUUGAAGAUCCUUUUUUUUCUAAAAAUUAUAAAGAUGCUUCUUCUUCACAAUAUGAAGAGAAUAAUGAUACAUAUAAAUUCGAAGUUAAUAGAAUAAACAGAUUUUCUAUAUCUCCUGAUAAGAAGAGAGAAAAAAAAAAAAAAAAACAAGAAAAAAAUAUAUUCUAUGAGGAACCUAAUAAUAAUUUACAGGAACAAAAUUUAUUUGUAGAAUUCUGUAAAAAUAUAACAUUUAUAACAUAUUUAAAUAAGGAUAAGAAGAAGAAAAAAAAAAAAAAAAAAAAAAAAAAUAUAUAUAUUUAUAAGGAUCAUCAUUAUGAUCAUGUGAAAAAUCAUGAUGAUACAUUAGAAUGUUAUAAUAUGCAUGAUGUAUAUAUGAAUUUAAGAAAUGAGAAAAAUAUGAAUUAUUAUAAUGAGUUUGAUGAUAAUUGUUUGAGCGUAAAAAUCUGUUUCCUUGUAAAUUAUAUUAAAAAUAAUUUAGAUUGUGAUCAUUUUAUAAAAGAUGUUUUAUUCGCUUGUGAAAACGAAAAAGAGGAAAUGAAGAUAUUAAGAAAUAGAUUGAAAAAAAUGAAGAUAUUUAGAAAAGAAGAAUUAUGUUUAUUAAAAGAAUAUGAUAAAAAGAAAUAUAUACAUAUUGAUAUUGUAAAAAAAUAUUUAAAAAAAUAUAAAACAAAAAAUUUGUAUAGUGAUAAAUACUUUCAUAAUAUAUCAGAUAAUAAUGAUAAUGUUAUCAAAUUGUGUGACAUGUUUAAAUUAAUAAGUAAUUAUUAUUUUAAAAAAUUUUAUUGUGAUAAGUAUGAUUAUAUAUAUAUAACAUAUUUUAAAAAUAUAUUUCUAUAUAAUAAGAAAGGUUUUUUAGAUUGUUCUCAAGAAAGGAAUUUAUUAUUUUUAUUUCAAAUAUUUAUAAGAAUGAAAUUGUUGUUAUUCUUUUUUAUAUCACUCUUCUAUUCUAGUGCUAGAACAUUAUCUAAUAAUUUUGUAUACUUAAAAAGAGAGUUUAAAAAUUCAGAGAUAUUAUAUGAACUAUCACUUCAUUUAUACUUUUUUAAUAUUUUUGUUUAUCACCUAUUGAAUUUUUUUUUUACACAAAAUGAGGAAUAUACCAAUAAGGAGGAGACAAAAAAUAAAAAACGUAGCAUUUUAAGUGAACACUCAAAAAAAAAUGAUUAUAAUAAUAUGAAACAAUUCAAAUGGACAUCUGAUUGUGUUACCUCAAGAACAGAUGUAAUUAAUAAUAGAACGAUAGAUGAUAUACCUAAUGAUAAUAUUAUAAUGCAUAAUGAUAUUUAUUUUUAUAUAAAUCAAAAUUUAUGUUAUUUAUUCGAAAAUAUGAGUAAUCCAAAUAAUGAAAAGGAUCGUUCCUAUAAACAUAAUGAGAUAAACGAACAGAAUUAUAUGAACAACAACAAUAAUAAUAAUAAUAAUAAUAAUAUGAAUGAUAAUCAACACUUUAUUAGAUAUAAUAUGAGUUAUUAUUAUUUACAACUUUAUAAUAUGAUACACCAUAUCUUAAAUAUGGUAUCCAUAUCGAUUAAAUUGUUAGAAGACAUUAAUUUUGAUUAUUUAAAAUUUCGUAAAAAAAUAUUGAAGGAUUCAUUUUUAAAAAUGAAAAAAAGAAAAAUAAAAAACAAGAACGAUAUUUUAAUUAUUAUUUCUAAUAAUAAUGGUAGUUCAAAUGUACUAUUUUUAAAAUAUAAAAAUAAAGUUAAUAUGAAAAAUAAGAUGAAUAAGACAAAAUACAACAGAGUAAAAAAAAAUCAAAUGCCUGUUGUAUAUGGGUUACAUAAUUUAUUAAUACCUAUAGCUAAAUUAUCUUUACCACUAGAAAUAUGUAAAUUUGAAAAAAUUACAAAGAAUAUAUUUCUUUUGUUUACAGAAAAAAUUAUAUAUAUCUUUAAUUUUUCAUAUACAUAUGAUAUAAAAUUAAAAUUAUUGAAUUAUUUAAAUUGUUAUAAUAAUGUAUCAUAUUAUAUAAAUACCUUAGCAUUUAAAAAAAUCGUUAAGAUAGACAAUAAAAAAUUAGAUAAAAAAAAAAAUGAACAAAUUAUAUAUAAAGAUGUUGAUUGGUAUAUUAUAUCCAAAAAAUUUUCCAUAAGGGAUAAAAAUGAAUUUAUAGAAAAUUCUUAUGACAUGAAUAUUAAUAAGAGUGAAUUGAAAAAUAAGAAUAAUAUAUGUGAAUAUAAUUACUACAAUAAUUUUGAAUGUAUUAAACAUUUAAAAAAUAUUCCUUAUGUUGACAGUUUUUAUACAUAUAUGUUUAUUUAUUAUUACAAAUUUAAAAAAUACCAAGAUAUAUGUAGAUAUUCAUAUAUAAAUGAUAAAAUAUAUAAUAGCUGUUCCCUUUAUGACAUGACAAAAAAUUAUGAACAGUAUAAAGAUGAAUGUAAAGAGAGAAUAUGCAUAAUUGAUAAAAAAAAUUGUGAUCAAAAGUUUGAUAUUAUAUCAGAUGAUAUAAAAGGUAAAGAAAAAAAUAUAUGUAAUAAUAUAUAUUAUAAAGAGGAUAAAGAUAUUAGCAACAAAGAUGUUAAUUCCUAUUAUGAUAAUUUUUUAAAUAUAAAAAAAAAAAAAAAAAAGAAAAACGAUUCUUGUGUUGUAACUCUUAAUAUAAGUAAGGGAUUAUUUGAUGAAUUAUAUCAAAAUAGAAAAUAUCCCUUUCUAAAAAAAAUAAAAGACGCAAGUGAUAAUAAAAAGGUAGUUGAUAAUAAUAAUAAUAAUAAUAAUAAUAUAAAUGAUAAUAAUAAUGAUAAUAAUAAUAAUAAUAAUAGUAACAAUUGUAGUAAUUAUAUUUUUUAUGAUAAUCUUAAAUACCUUCGUAAAAUUAGGAAGAAAAAAUCAUAUAGCCAUAAAAUAAUUAAUACAUAUAAUUAUAUAAAUAAUGAAAAUAAUAUCAAAAAACAUACGUAUCAACAUUUCAGUGAUAAUAAUUUUUCAUUUAAUAAUAAAUCAUAUGAUAAUAAAAACAAUAUUUCUGUUAUAUCAUUAAAUUGUAAGAAAAAGGACAAGAAGAAGAAAGGACAGAGGAUAUUUCAUUUUUUUUCUGUUAUUAAACAAUAUCUAAUUAUAGAUAGAAAUAUAAAUGAUAUAUAUAUAAUUACGUUAAUAUAUGAUUAUCUUAAGAAUAAAGUUGUAAUAAAUAAAGAUGGUUUUCAAAAUUUUUAUAGUAUGGAUACAAACAGAUAUAUUGAACAAAUAAUGUCAACAAGUAAUAUAAUAUGUUGUAUAAAUCAAGAGAAUAAAAAAAAAAAAAAAAAAAUUAUAAUGCAACAAAGGGAUUCAACAAUAAAUAGGUUUAAUAGUAACAAUAAUAAUGAUAAUAAUAAAAUGCAUGUUAAAAAUACAGAUAUUAUUAAUAGGGAGACCAAAUUUUCUUCUAAUAAUUUUAAGAACAAAAAGAAUUGUUUCCAAAAAAAAGAAGAUAUUCAAGUUUAUUAUCUUUUAACCUUACACAAAAAAGAAUGUGAUGAGUUGUAUAUGUUAAAGUCAAACACAUUUAUAAAUACAAAUAUAUAUAAUAACCGAUUCAAAUCUAUCCAUUAUAUUAAACAUGUUUAUCGUUUUAAUAAAUUAAAAAGUAUAAAAGAUUUUAAAUAUAAUUGUAAUGUUACUUCUACACCUAAUUAUGUAGAUACUGAAAAAAGUAAUACCUCAUUGUUUACUUUGAGAAAUAAAGAAAAGGGGGAAAAAAGAAAUGAUUAUUAUAAAGAUGAAUUAUUUGAUAUAAAAAAAAUGAAGAGAAAUAUGUCAUAUAAAUUAAUGAUUCUAGAUAAAGCUAAUUCUAUAUAUAAUUUAAGUGUAGGAUAUAAUAUCUAUUUAAGUGAAAAAAAAAAAAAUAUAUCGAAUAUAAAUAUUUUGAACAGUACAUUUUUUUAUCUUCAUUUUAAUGACAAUGUUAAUAUACUUUGUUUUUCUUCUUAUUUAAAGACAACCUAUAUGUUAAUUAUGAAUAAUCAUAUAUCAAAAUGUUGUGAUAUGUGUAUGAACACAUUUAAUCAUAUGGACAAAAUAUAUAAAAAGAUGUGUAUACAUAAAAAUAAUGAAAAAAAAAAUGAAGAUAAUUAUGAUAGAAGUAGAUACAUAGAUGAGAAGUAUAUGAUAGAUAAAAAUAAUGAUAUGAGGAAUACCAAUUAUAUAAAUAAUAAUAAUUUGAAGAAUCCCAUAUUUUAUAUUUUAAAUGAUGAAGAUAUUCAAAGAUAUCAUUUAAUAAAAAACAACAUUUUAUUUAUACACUGUAUAUAUAAUGAAGAUAAUAAUAAUUAUAUAAUUUUAAUUUUAAAUAGAUAUAGUAUGAUUAUAAAUGUGUAUGAUAUUAUAAAUAAUAAUGAUAAUAAUAAUAAUAAUUAUUAUAUUCCUAUAAAAUUAAAUGAUACAUUCGAAAUAACCUUUGAUAACAGUAUAUUAUUUUAUUAUUAUGUAAAACAGUUCCUUGUAAUAUCGAAUAGUAAAAAUAUGGUAUUUUUAUUUUAUAUUGAUAUAAAAUCUAAUCGCUGUUUAUUAUUACAUUAUUUUCAUUGUAAUAAUAUGAUAUAUUCUUUAUAUAUGUUUACAAACUAUGAUAAGAUUUUAAGAAAAGAAAACGGAGGUAUUAAUAUAAACCCUUAUAUAUUAAUAUGUAUUGGUAUGAAGAGAGUAUGUAAGAUAUUUAUAUAUUUUUUAAAUAGGACAAAUAUGAAUAGUAUAAAUAAUAUGUGUGAUAAUAAAUGUGUAAAUAAUAUUUUUAAUUGUAUUUAUGAUCCUUGUCAAAAAUAUUAUAUAGAAAAAUAUAUUGAAAAUGAUCAAGAUAUAAUAAAACAUCGUGUAUCAUGUUUUAGAAUUUUUAAAAAACAAAAUAAAGAAAAUCAAAAGGAAUUAUUUAUAAUUAAUAAGAUGUAUAAAUAUAUAAUUGAUACAUUUAAUAAUGAUAUAAUAAUUACUGCUGUAUGUAAAUUAAAUAAUUUUCUUCUAGUUGGAUGUAAUAAUGGUAGUGUGAAAGUAUAUGAUAUAUUUCAAGAUAUUAAUAAAAAAGGAGCACAUAAUUUUGCAUUGAAUCAUUUAUUUUUGGAUUCAUUUAUUUUAUAUAAAAGUCAGAGAAAUAUAACAAAAAUAUAUGACGAAUUUGUUGUAGGAGACGGAUGUGUGGUUUUUCUUAAGAUAUUUAAAAAUAAAAGAGUUCAUAUAAACUACAAAUGUGACAGCCAUCAUAACAAUAAUAUGUUAUAUGACCAUCAAGCAAAAAUAUAUAAAGAGAAACAAAAAAAAAGAUUAUAUGUUAAAAAAAAUUAUUAUGUUAUAGCAGCAUGUGAAAAUAAAUUCUAUCUUUUUUUAUCCACCAAAAUUAAAGAAAAUAAACAUUCUUACCAGAACAAUAAAAGCAACAACAAUGAUAAUAAUAUUAAUAAUAAUAAUAAUAAUAAUAAUAAUAUUAGUAGUAGUUAUACUACUAUUGGUGGUGAUUAUUUAAAGAAAAAUGAACUUAUAUUAUUUAAUAAAAUGAAAAUUAAUAUUGAUGAAUUUUUUAAAAAUAUUUUUAAUAUAAAAAAUGAAGAGCAAAUCGAAGAUUUAAAAAAAAGCAAAAAGAAAGAAACAGAUGAGGAAAAAAAAGACAAUAUAAAAGAAAAUCACAAUAAAAAUCACAUAGAAGAAGAAGAAAAGAAAAAAAAAAAACAAAAAAAAAAAAGAAAAAAAGAGGAAGAAAAAAAUGAGGAAGAUUACUUGGAUAUUCUGAAUCAUGAAGGUUUUAAGGAAGGACGCAUUAAAAAUAGAAAUAUAUUCCUUAUGCAAUUAAUAUUUACGAAAAGAAAAAGUAAUAAAAAUAAUAAAAGUAAUAAAAAUAAUGAAAAUAAUAAAAUACAUCAUAAUUCACAUAGUAAUAUCCCCUUAAUCCAAUCAUCAACAUGUGAAAAAAUUAAUUAUUUAAAUUUAAAAUGUGAUGAAAAUAAAAAGGUAAAUAUGGAUGUAGAAGAAAUAAAUGAGAAACAUAAUUAUAAUAAUAAUAAUGAUAAUCAUAUUAAUUAUGAUUAUAAUGAUAAUCAUAUUAAUUAUGUUUAUAAUGAUAAUCAUAUUAAUUAUGAUUAUAAUGAUGAUUAUUUUUUUGAUAUGCAUAAUAAAGUUUUUAAGGCUCAUCCAAAUAUUAACCCUAGAAACAUGAUUGUAAUAAAAAAUUAUAAUACAGAAGGAAAUAUAAUUUUUGACAUUAUACUAUCUAUAAAUAAUAAUUUAUAUUUUGGUGUUAUUAAAGAAAAAAAAGACAUAUUUAAUUAUAAAAAUGUGAAUACAUUUAAAAAUAUGAAUAUACAAAAAUUUAUUAAAUGUAACUCUUUGAAUGAUCCAUUAAAAUAUUAUUUAGAAAAUUCAUUUAUUUAUGAGAAAGAUAAAGAAAAGUAUAAAAACAAAACUUUUUUUAAUAAAUAUGAUAAAGAUAAUAUUGUGGAUACAAAAAAAUCUUUUCACAACAUGGAUAUAUACUACAAUAAUCAAAUGAAACAUUCAAGAGAUAAUAUAUUUCUUAAUAAAAAUAUAAAUAAAACAAAUUAUAUAAAAGAUACAAAGAAUCUUAGUAUGAAAAAAAAAGUAGGAUUCUAUUGUAAUAAUAAAAAUAUGUAUCUUAAAAUAAAUCAUAAAAUAAUAAAACCAUAUGACAAUAAUAUCGUUCCACAUAUAUCAGAAAUAAAUUUGAAUAGAAAUUAUAUGAUUCAUGAAUUAUAUAAUAUAUGUAAUUCAAAAGAAAAAGAUGAAAUAAUUAAUUGUGUAGAAAAUAUAUUAGAAGAAAAUCAAAUGAAAUUAGAACAUAUGCAUAAUAAAAUUAAUAAAAAUCUUUGUAAAUUAUAUGAUGAUAGUUUAGAAGAUGAUAAUGAAUCUUUAUUAUAUAUAUAUAAUAUAUUAUUUUUAGAGGAUAAUAAUAUGUUUUCUCAAAAUAAACAUAUUUUAUAUCUUAUACGUAAUCAAUAUAAAAACUAUAAUAAUUAUAUAUAUCCGCUCAUAUUUUUUAAUAUAAUAAAUAAAAAAUAUAAUUUGAAAUAUUUCUUUCAAAAUAAUUUGAUAAGAAAUAAUGUAUUUUUUCAACAUAAUAUAUAUGAUACAAAUUAUCUUUCUAACAUUUCAAAGAAUUUUAUUAUAAAUGUGAAACAAGAUUUGUGUUCAAUUUUUAAACAAUUAAAUUAUAAUAUUAAAGUAAAUGGUCACAGUAUGAUGGUAUUAGAAGAUUAUAUGCAAACUGGUUUAAAUAAUCAUAACAAAGAAAUAAAAGAUAUAGAAAAAAUUGAAGAUAUAGAAGAAAUUGAAGAUAUAGAAAAAAUUGAAGAUAUAGAAAAAAUUGAAGAUAUAGAAAAAAUUGAAGAAGUAGAAGAAAUACAAAAUAAAAGGGGACAGCAAAAUUGUAAUACAAACAAAAAUGCUAUUGAAAAUACAAAAGAAAUAUUACAUAUUUCUAAUCACAAUAACUUAUCCAUAUUAGUAGAUGACAAUAUAAAAAAUACAAAAAAAAAGAAAAACGUGUUAGCAGAUAAUUCUUGUAGUGUUAAUAAAAAAAAGCAGAAAAAAUCAAAAGAAAACAACUCCAUCCUUUAUGAGAAGAAUGUUAGUAUUUAUGAUGAUAAUAUGAUUAGAAGAUCGGACCAUGAUAUAUAUUAUAAUAACAUCAAUAAUAAUCAUAAUAUGUUUAAUCAUAUACAUCAUUGUUAUAAUGAAAAGGAUAUAAAUGAAUAUAAAACGGAUGUUCCAUUUUUUGAUACAACAAUAUAUAAUGAUAAUAGGAAUAAAAAUAUACAUAUGGAAAAAAAAGAUAUGAACAAAAUUGAAGUAAAUGAACAAAAUAAUGAAAAGAGCUUCUCUUCUUUUUUACAUUAUAUUUCUCUUCUCCUUAAUAAAAAAAAAGAAAUUUCAAACAAACGUAAUGUGUGUCAUUAUAUUUGUGGUAAUGAAGAUUUAAGAUGUAUAUAUGAUAGUGUUACAAAAAAAAUAAAUGGUUUUAACGACGAUAUAAUAUAUAAGGAUAAUUAUAAUACAUAUGAAGAAAAAAAAGACAUAAGUACUAUAUAUGAUAAACAUGAUAAAUAUGUUGAAUAUCAUACUACUUCACAACUUAAUAAUAACCAUUUAUAUCAUAAAAAGAGAGGAACUACUUCCAAUAACGUCAUAGAUAAAUAUAAACAAGAAAGAGAUGAAUCCAUAAAAUUUUUAAUUAUGCAUUUAAAAGGUAGCAAAUAUAAUUUUAGUAAUGUGACGGAAUAUACAAAAAUUGUAAACCAAAAAAAAAAUAAUAAUAUUUAUAUAAAUAAUGAUACUUUUAUUUUAAAGAAAAAGAUACCACAAGAUGAUUUUUAUAAUAAAUACCAUAAGAAUGAAUCUGAUAUCAUAAAUAAAGUAUCAUACAUGUGUAAUAUAUAUUUAGAGAGAAAAAAAAAAAAAAGAAUAAAAAUUAAUAAGAAACAUAUUUAUAAGAAAAAAUAUUAUUAUUAUUAUUAUAAAGUUAAAUAUACUAAAGGAAGAAGAAAACGUCUUAAACUUAAUAUUUCAAAAGAUAUAUCAUCUUAUAGUUUAAAAAAUAAAGAAAAAAAGGGAAAAAGGAAAAAUAAUGAAGCGUAUGGUUGUCUAUUAAUAUUUUUAAAUAAUAUAAGUUAUCAUGUUAAGCAUUUAACGAUUUGUAAAUUAAAAAAAAAAAUUAAUUAUAAACUAAAUUUUUGUUCGGAUGAUAUUUUUUUUAUACUCAAGUUUUCUUAUAAUUAUGUAUAUCUGUUAAAUAUUCAAAAAAAAAAAAAUGUAUCUUUUUGGGUUAAUAUAAAACAUAUACAUAAAAAUAUGAUGAUCCUCAAAAUGGUAGAUACAAGAAAAUAUAAAAAUAUAAAUAAAAAUAAAUAUAAAAAAAUAUAUAAAAAUAUACAUCAAAAUAUAUAUCAAAAUAUACAUCAAAAUAUACAUCAAAAUAUACAUCAAAAUAUACAUCAAAAUAUACAUCAAAAUAUACAUAAAAAUAUACAUCAAAAUAUACAUCAAAAUAUAUAUAAAAAUAUAUAUACAAAUGACAAAGACAAUAUAUGCUUGCAACAUAUAUCAGGCAAUGAUGUGAAUGAUAAAUAUAUAUCAUAUUUUUCACCUUAUUAUUAUGAACAAAGGAAUGACAUCAUGAAAGAGAUUUUUUGUAAGACCCCAUGUUGUAGUGUUGAAGAUAAUCAUCAUAUGGUAGUUUUAAAAAAUAUCAAGAGAGAAAAUAUGAUGAAGCAUUUUUUUAAAAAUAAGAAUAAUAUAAUUCCUUUAUAUUAUUUAAGCAGAAAUAUGAGAAAUGUUAAAGUGUUUAUGAAUAAGUAUAUUAUAUAUACAGAAGAAAAUAAUGUUAUUAUAUUAAAAAUUAGAUUAUCUAAAGUUCAUAAAAAGAAAAAUAAAAACGAAUAUAAUAAAAGGAUGAAUUGUAUUAUCAAUGAAUAUUUAAAAGUAUUUAAAUGUGAAAAGAAUAUAAAUGCUCACCAAAAAGAACAAAAAGAUAAUAAUAUAAAAAUGUGUAAUAUAUUUAAGACUCUAUUAAAAAAUCAAAAAAUUGUAAAGAUAAAAAAGAAACAAAAAAAUAAUAUCAGUGAAAAUGAUUAUUUAUUAAGUUUGAUGAAAAGUAAGAAAUCUACUUUAAGAAGGUUAGAAAAUUGCAAUGAAGAAGAACAACAAGAAAUUGAUUCGGAUUAUCAUAAUGAAGAAAAUGAAGAAGAUGAAGAAAGUGACGACAAUAGUGAUGUGAGUCUAUGUGAAGAAGAAAAUGUAGAUAAUCAUAUAGCUAAUUAUGCACAUACAUAUGAAAGUUAUAGUAUUAUUGAAACCUCUACAUUUUUUUGGAAAGUGUAUCAUCAACCUGAAAAUUUUAAUUAUAUGAAAAAAAAAAAAAAAAAAAAAAAAAAAAAUUACUAUUCAAAAUUGUCAAAGUAUAUUUUUGAAAACCAUUUUAAUUAUAAAGAAAAAGAAUUUUUUUGUAAUUUAAAUUAUGAAGUUGUUGAAUAUUAUAAAUAUGCUGAAAAUACCGAAUUUAUUAAUGAUUUACAAGUAUUUGAAAAUAAAAUAUUAAUAAUUACAUCAAAAUAUAUUUCUCUUUAUAUUUAUAUAGAAGAAAAAAAUGAAUUUGUUUUAUUAUGUUGUAAUCUUUUAUCAAAUAUUAAUAAUAAUAUAUGUAUAAAUGACAAAUAUAAUAAAGCAUAUAUUUAUCCAAAUAUGUUUGAUUUUAUUAAAGUAAUAUCUGAGAAAUAUAUUACAUUAUAUCAAAUGAUUAAUAGUAAAAAUUUAAUAUAUAUAGCUAGCUUAAAAUUUAUGAAUAAUAUUAAAUUUAUUUUUGAAAAUAAAUUAUUUUUUAAUAUUAUGGGAUAUAAUUUAAAUAUAAAUAAAAAUGACAAUAUAUUAGAAAGUGUGAGAAAAUAUCAUAAAUAUUAUUCAAGUUAUUUCAUAGUAGAUAAAAAAUAUAAUAAUAUAUUUAAUAUAUAUUAUACUUGUUUAAAGGAUAAAAAUGAAAAGUUUAAAGAAACCAAAGAAGAAGAAGAACAUCAACAACAACAACAACAUAAUUUAGAAAAUCAAAAUAAUAAUUAUUUUUAUGAUGAAAAUAGACAUAUAGAAAUAUGUUACGAUUUGAUGUUAUUUUUUCAAUUAUUAAUAAUAGCAAAAGAGAUAAAUAAAAAAAAUUAUUAUAAUAUAAUGAGUAUAAAAAAAUGGAAAUCAUAUUUAAAAAAAUAUAUGUAUAAUAAUAGUGAUGAAAAAAAUAAUAUAUAUGAAAAUCACAACAAUAAUAAUAAUAUAUAUGUAAAAUAUAUUAAUAUUUUAAAUAUAUUUAUUGAUCGAAUAUUUAUGUCAUUGAAUAAAAAAAUAAUUUUUUUCAAAAAUGUGUAUAAAAAUAAAUCGUUAAAACAAUUUUUCUUAGAAUUAAAAUUUAAAGUAUUUAAUCGAUUAUUAAAAUUAAAUUCAUAUGAAUUCUCAGAUGGAAAAAAUGCCAUAGAUAUAUUAAAUGAUAUAUAUGAACAAAAAUGUAAUAGAAGUAUGUCUUAUUUUUUCCUUAUGAAUAUUAUAAGAGAUUAUUAUGAUACUUUUAAUUGUCAACCUUAUAAUAUCAAAUUUUAUGAGCAACAUAUAAAUAAUGAAAAAAAUAUAUGUAAACCAAAUGAAAGUAAAAAUGAAAAAAAAAAUGUUGAUAAUAUUCAUAACCAUUUCAAUGAAAAUAAUAUAAAUAAGAUGUCUCAUAUUUUCAAAUAUAAAAAAUACUUAACAAACAAUUUUCAUAACAGAAAUAGCCAAUUAAAACAAUAUAAUCUAACGAACAGAUUAAAAACAUUUGAACAUAAUAUCAUACAAAAUAUAAAACAUGUGAAUCAAUAUCGUAUGGAUAAUAUAUAUAAUUAUAAUGAUAUAAUAAAAAAUAAUGUGAGAGAUAAUGUUUAUUAUAAUAUUGACUUUUAUCAUUUUAUAGAUAAUAAUUCUUUUAGGAAUAUAAAAAAUUAUAAUAUGAAAUAUAAUAAUAUGAAAUAUAAUAAUAUGAAAUAUAAUAAUAUGAAAUAUAAUAAUAUAAAAUAUCAUAAAAUUAAAUAUAAUAAUAUUAAAUAUAAUAAUAUACCAUAUAAUAACAACUUAUUAUUAUGCAAUUAUAAUCAAUAUAAUAAAAAUAACAUUAAAAAUUCACUUUAUUUCACAUAUUUACAUUUUCUUAUUUAUAUAACUAAUCAUCCAUAUAUUUUUUUCCAUAUCAAAAAAUAUUUACAUUUUCAUAACUUAUCUACAAAUUUGAUAAAAAAUAAAAUAUAUUAUUUUAACAUGGAUCUCUUAAAUAUUAUUUUCAAUUUAGAUAACAGAGCUUUAGAAGAAUUAAAAAAUAUUUUAACCUUCUUUCCUUCUAAUCCAUCUAUUGACGAGAUAUUUAGAGCAGUUCAUUUGUUGUCUAUGCCUUUUUGUCAUACAUAA